AUGGCAGUUUCGGGAUCACCAGGGCCAACGUUAGUGCUUCCUGGCCCUCCUCAUGGGGGCCGCAUUCUCAUCAGCAUAGUUCCACCUCCUGAUGGGUGUGUUUCGCCGAUUAACGAGAGGAAGAGGGAUCCGAAUAAUACUGUACGUAGACGACCUCCUGCUAUAAGGUCGCCCACGCACCAUCAUGAAGCAGAAGUGAUACAUCGACAGUUUCUGAACGAACUGGGAUUAGAGUUGGCUCCCGGCAAAGGCUACUGGGAGUUACCAGUGACGCGAUUACAGCACUUGGGAGAACUGGUGCUCAACAUCAUCGAAAUGACUCCGGAGUUCAAAGCCAAACUACUCCAGAAAUCCAAGCUGAUCUCCUCCCUGGGCCUACGCAACCAGCGUAGGGUCAAACACAACUGUGGCAAUCUUUUUGCGGCUGCCUACUGUGGGGAGGAUUCUCAAUCUUGGGACUAUGUCCAUUCAUCGCCGACGUUCAGCAAUCGACCUCAUGGACGAGGACCCGCCACAUUGGCUCUCGGGGGCCACGUUUAG